AUGAUUCAUACAGGAGUUUCUAUUGUUGAUUAUCAAUAUAUCUAUGAAUGUAUCUACAUUAUUCAACAAUAUUAUAGAACAUCCCUUAUAUUAAAAUCCAUAUGAAUUCACAAUUUCUCCUUAAUAUCACUUCACUCCAUCAAAUAUUAAUUAUGAAUCUCAAUUAGAAGAAGAAUCCAAAAUUAAGAAAUAAGCUAAAAACAAUAAGUAAACUAUUGCUUAUUAAUCUUUUUAGAAAGAAUAAAAAAAAGGAACUAUUAUUUAAUACUUAAAAUCAAAUUGAAUAGCCAAUCCAAUAGAAUGAAAUGAUGUAACAAUUUCAUAUUCAUUUUUUAAGUCUUUAAUAAAUAAUUCCUACAGAAUAUUCAAUAUAAUAGGGAACCCUACUUCCUCAAUAAUAAUCACAUUUAAUAACUUAAUAAAAUUUAAGUACUUCAAAAUAAAUUGUUAAAUCAAAUAAAUUAACUAAAAAAUUAAAAAAAGAAAAUAUUAAUAUAGGACAUUGGUCUACUAUUGAACAUACUAAUUAUAUUAAUUUUUUAUCACAAUAUGAAAACAUUAUGAACUCAUCCAUGAUGAAAAAGACUUCCAAAAUAUUUAAAUUAAUGAGUGAAUUAAUUGGUACUCGUACACCUAGUCAAUGUAGAAGUCAUCAUUAAAAAUUUAAUCCUUAUACUUCUAAAGUAAAUAAUCAAAAAAGAUAACCAAGAACUCAAAGAAAUUAAACAACCAAAAAGAAAUAAAUAAAUCAUUAAACUCAUUAAUCUAGUUAAAUAUAUUAUUAUUAUUAUAGAUUAAUUAAUCGAUAACGAUUUCCAUUAUUUUACACAAGAUAAAAUUAAUUAAUAUAGUCCAUUUAUAUUUGAUUAUUAAUUAAAUCAACAAGAAAACUAAAUUUAACCUGAAAAUCCAAAUUGCUUUAUUCAAACUCCUUUUGAAUAUGAAGAUGAUUUAAAACUUAGACAAGACUAUAGAAAUUUGUUAGAAUAUUGA